AUGAUUCCUGUUAUCCCUCUGAAAAAUUCGAGGACUCCAAAGAGUGGGAAGAAGAGAAACAGUAUUUCCAGAUAUAGGAAGAUGAAACAAAGGCUGCAGUUCCGAGCUGCCAAAGUUGAGCCGCCUGUUCAGAGUGUUCCUCCUUUGUUGGGUGUUGAACCAAUCUCUGUUGUGCCACCAGAAGGAGAGGAAGGUCCAUCAGAGAAUCCGUGCGAAGAAAAUGUUGUUGACAAGAAGGAGAAGAACAAUUUAUUCAACCGCGCUUCACCAAUGAAGGUUGUGAGGGUACUUAAGAAAAUGACAAAUGAUCAGCGUGCUUUGAUCAGCAAAUAUGAUUUCACAGGAAUUCUUGGCAUGCAGUGUUCGAAAUUAAAUCCAGAGCUAUGCAGAUUCCUUAUGGAGUGUUUUGAUCCUGUUUCUUGUCAUCUUGAUUUCGGAGACAGGGGAAGAAUUCCAGUAGAUGUUGAUUCUGUUGUCAGAGUUAUGGCAGUUCCAAUGGGAGUACAUCCUGUCCCGUACUACUCUGACAUUGACGCAACUAGUGCUAUCUUUGAGAUGCUUGAGAUACAUGAUGGAAAGCAGCCAACCGUAGCAUCCAUUGAGAAGCAGUUGGGUGAAGAUUAUCCUGCAGAUGAUGCUUACCUGAGGAAGUUCAUCAUGUACCUCAUCUCAUCUGUGUUUGCUCCUACCACGGGGAUUCAUGUCAGUCCAAAAUGUUAUCCUCCGCUAGUUAACGUAGCUGCCAUCCCAAGAUAUAAUUGGGCUAGAUUCAUCAUAGACAUUUUGAUCCAGACUGCAAAUGCGAAGGGGAAGAAAAACUAG